AUCACUGAUAGAGAGAAAAAGAGAGGGAGAAAGAGAGGGGGGAAGAAAGAGAGGGAAAGGGUAACCAGCACUAAUGCCACUGUGAACUUUUUUGUAAAUAUUUUUUUUAUUUAACACUAAUUUCUGGGUUUCUGCCCUUUGUCUGUUGCACAUCCAAGACUCUUUUUGGACAAGACGACACAUAUUAUAAGUUAUUUCGAUAAUAAAUGCUAAAAGGGCACCAAACGGAUGGCUGUGACUCAAGCCGUACUGCCUUCAUUUUCGAACUUCUGCAACGCCUCCGAAAACAUGAAGGCUUGGAAGUUUGAAAAAGGUUUCUUGGAUCUGGACUCCAAGGAUCUACACCAAAGCACCGGCAGCUAUAAACCUUCUCAGUUUCUGUCAGAUGAACACCAUGAUGGCAGUGAGGGAUGCUGGGAUAUGGAGUUCCUGCUGUCUGACUGGGACAGUGCAUCACCUGAACGGUCCAACUCUCAAAACUACACUUCCCAGCGGCCGCCGCUCCAGGACCAGGUUCACAGUCCUGAUCUUUACCAGGUCCAGGAGCUGAAUGGACCAAAUGGAUUAAAUGGUCCAAGAUCAAAUAGACACCAAACAUCCGUUACAAGUUCACUGGCUGAGCUGCUUCCUCAAGAAGCAUCUUUAAGUUCUUCGUUGCCUGACCUUUUUAAUGGAGGAUAUCUGGAGCUGCAACAGCAGCAAACUGCAAAAUCAUUCACCCAACCAGAAAACCCCCAUCAGUUCAGUGGUUUCCCUAUUGCUAAUGACAUCAACAGAGAAAACGAGAGAAACAUGGGGAAGAUGAAGUCGUGGGAUUUUGGACACUAUCCUCAGCCUGCAGCACCUUUGAUACCCUUCCCCGACUCCCCGAAAUUCGUCCAGACGUCUGGGAUCGCCAUGGACGCUUUGGUGUUUCCUUCACACCAUCACUAUAACUUCAUCCAAAACUACUCGCACACCAGACUCUACCAACCGCAAGUGAACUACGUGCACAGGCAGCAGGCCAGCCACUAUCAAUCCACACAGAGCAUGGUGCCUGACUCCACAGUGCCACCUGCAGGUCUGGAAGGGAAGCGCAUACGGAGGGGGGUGUUGAAGAGGAAAGCCACGGUUCACAGUUGUGAAUACCCAGGCUGCCAUAAGACCUACACCAAGAGCUCUCAUCUCAAAGCACACCUCCGAACACACACAGGUGAAAAGCCGUAUCACUGCACGUGGGAAGGUUGCGGGUGGAAGUUUGCCCGUUCGGAUGAGUUGACGAGGCAUUUCCGAAAACACACGGGACAGAAGCCAUAUGAGUGUAUGCUCUGCCACAGAGCCUUCAGCCGGUCCGACCACCUGGCAUUACACAUGAAGAGACAUGUGUGAGACCAAACAUAAACAAAACACAAAAACCAAAUCAGUCCACACUCCACACAUUGAGGUUAGUCCGUGAGGGCAUUUCAGAGGUUUUGAGAGGACCUGUGUUCAGCAGGUGAUGUGCUGGACAUUGUUAAUACAUAAAGCACUAUUGCAUAAACAUACAACUGACAUGUACAUACUGUACAUUAUAUGACAAAGGGGAUGAGUUGGUCAUUUUUUUCUUUUUCAAAUGAAAUUAUAAUCAUAAGUAGGUUACACGAUAAAAUCAAGAGCUCCAAAUUUGUGGUUACUGACAGUAAAAACAUCAGACUUAUUUCCAAUCUGGACCCUUUAGCUAAACUGUAUGAAUUGGAAAACGGUAAAGAAAUUAUUGGAACCCACCCAUCAAAAAUGGGUUACUGUGAAAAAUAAAAAAGACAGAGGCAGGGCAGCGUGAAACGCUCUCAUUGCUGUAAUGUAAGAAAACUCCCGAAAUGAAUUGGAAUUAGCUCAUGUACAUAAAUAUGCAGAGAUAUAUGUAGCUAAAAGUGUGGUUUUUACAGAAAAUGACAAAAAAAGAAUUAUGUGUUGCUGUUCAGGUCAGCGGUGUGCUUUGUAUUAUUUUAUAUUGUUUUGUUUUUGAUCUUAUUUCUUAUUUAUUGUCUGUAGUCCUUAUUGUGUGGGAGUUCUUUGGCAUUUUAAAUGUUACCAAAAGUCAUAAGAGUCUUCAUGGGUAAUGGUAAUUUUGCUAUUUAUAUAAAAGGAUACCAUCAAGAUAAAAAAUAAAUAUAUUUUGCCUUUCAUGCUAAUAUUAAUGUUUUUGUGAAGCAUAUAUUGUUUUACUGAAUAUAUGAUCAUCUAUUUAUGUGAUCUUAUUCACUAAUAAAGCAACUGCAAACCUG